CUGAGCUGCUUUUCACAUUCUCGCUGUUCCACUCAGACUCAACACUUUCUAGCCGUGGGUGAAGAGAGCUGAACUGCAGCAAUGCCGACCUCAGGUGUGUGCAAGAACAUCAUCAAUGCCCGUCACCUGAAAGAUGGUUAUGGGACUGUCGCAAACCCUUUAAGGUUUAACGAGCAAGACUUCCAGCAGCUGAAGCAGUACUGCCUCAUCCGCAAUGUGAGGUACAUCGACGACAUGUUCCCCCCUGACAGGAGGUCGAUUGGCCAAGGGGUCCUGACCCCCGCUGACAUGGGAAAGGUGAAGUGGCUGAGACCAGGGAAAAUAGUUGCCAGUCCAUCUUUUGUUCUUGAUGGAAUCUCCAGGUUUGACUUUGGCCAAGGCGUUGUUGGAAACUGCUGGUUUCUUGCCUCUAUUGGAGCUCUGACAUUCCAGGACUACAUCCUUGGACAAGUUGUUCCUCUUGAACAGAACUUUGAGCAGGACUACUGCGGGCUGUUUCACUUCAGGUUCUGGAGAUUUGGACGAUGGGUGGAUGUCGUCAUUGAUGACAAGCUGCCAACAAUCAAUGGCAGACUAAUCUUUGUCCACUCCGCAGAUCCAAAUGAAUUCUGGCCUGCUUUGCUGGAGAAAGCCUACGCCAAGGUGUGCGGCUCCUACUCUGACAUGAAUGCUGGAAAUCCCUCUGAAGCUUUGGUGGACUUCACUGGCGGGGUCCACAUUUGUAUCCAGCUGUCAGAUCCCCCUCCUAACCUGUGGGAGCUGAUGUGCAGAGCUGGCCAGUCCAAGUCCCUAAUGGGUUGCGGUACAGAGCAGGGUGAGACAUCGGCCAACACUGUAUUACCAAAUGGACUGGUCCAAGGCCAUGCCUACACCGUGACAGGUGUGAAGCAGAUGAUGAGCCAAGGGCAGCCGGUAAACCUGGUGCGUUUGUGGAACCCCUGGGGAAGAGGAGAGUGGAACGGAGACUGGAGUGAUAAGUCACCUCUGUGGCAAACCGUCAGUCCACAAGAUCGAGAAAUGUGCCUCUCGGUGCGCGACGAUGGAGAGUUUUGGAUGACCCUGCAAGACUUUCGCAAGUUCUACUCAGAUCUGGACAUUUGCUGCCUGUGUCCUGACUUCCUCGACGGAAGCUCGUCUUGUCACUGGAAGACCUCCUUCUAUGAGGGCAGAUGGGUUGCUGGAACCACUGCUGGAGGCUGCAUGAAUAACCGCGACAGCUUCUGGACUAAUCCACAGUAUCGGGUCAAGAUAGACAAGUUAUCCAGCGAGUGCAGUGAGUCUCAGGGUGAAAAAAACAUGCUGGUGUCUCUCAUGCAAAAGCCCGACAAGAGGAACAGACGCCUGGUCCAAAACCUGCACAUUGGAUUCUCUGUAUUUGAGGUGACUGGGGAAUACAGGGCACAGAGGGGGAAAUUCCCAGCCGCUUUCUUCGACACAAACAGACCUGUCACCCAGACUAAAACCUACAUGAAUGCCCGUGAGACAAUGGAGUUCGUGAUGCUGAAGCCUGGUGAAUACCUGAUCGUUCCCUCCACCUUCAAUCCCAAUGAGACGGCCUCCUUCAUCCUGACCAUCCUGUCCAAGGCAGAGACCCACGUCCAUGAGAAUUCUGCCGGAGAUGGUCACGUACAUAUGGAAGAAGAUGCACACCAUGAGCACAAACCAAAUGAAAACGGCGAGCAAGACGGCAGUAACAAAACCCUGUUCCGUCAGUUCUCCGACAAGUAUGAAGAAGUGGAUUGUGAGCAGCUCCAGAGGCUCCUAAAUGAAAAUCUGAAAGGAGACUUGAAAUCCGGAGGCUUCAGCGUGGAUGCCUGUCGCAGCAUGGUUGCUCUGAUGGACUCUUCUGUCACUGGCAAACUGAAUUCUGGGGAAUUUGCCAAUCUGUGGAGCCUGGUGAACACAUGCAAGGACAUUUUCUCCAAGGCUGAUGUUUCUCAAACAGGAACGCUGUCCCUGAGUGAACUGAGGAAUGCACUCAUGGCCACAGGAAAGACAGUCAGCGAUGACAUACUGAAUCUGAUAGCUCUGCGUUACGGCAGCUCCUCCGGUAACAUUUCAAUGGAGAACUUCAUCACUUUGGCCAUUCGCCUAAAAUGCAUGUCUGACAUGUUCAGGCAGUUGUCUGUUCAAACGACCGUGACCCUUCGUGAACCAGAGUGGAUGUACAUCACGAUGUACACUUAAACCGACAUUGAAGAUGAACUGCAGAUUAAUCAG